AUGGGGUGCGCGCAUUCCAAGCCGCCGCGAGCGGAUCAGGGCGCGGCGGUCGCGCUCUGCCGGGACCGCUCUGCGCUGCUUGCCGAGGCCAUCCGCCACCGCUACGCGCUCGCCGACGCCCACCGCGCCUACGCCGCCUCGCUGCGCGCCGCCGGGGCCGCGCUGCACGACUUCCUCCAGGUGCAACCACCACCGCCGCCUGAGCCCACCGUGCGCCUCGCCGAGCACCGGAAGGGGGACACGCUCCCCGCCGCGGCGCCACCCGUCCCUGCCGCGGCCAAACUGGUCGAUGACAAUGGCGGCCACAUUCGCUUCACCUCGGACGACGACGAAGAGGGCUCCGAGUCCGACGACGCGCACAUCAGCUUCCCGUCCUCCUCCUCCUCCGAGGACGAAGCCGAGCCACGUGUCCCCCGCUCCGAGCUCCUCCCGCCCGCGGCACCGGCGCCGACUCGGCCAGCUCCGCCGUACGGUGUUGGAUACGCUCCGCCGCUCUACAGCUACAGCUACGGCGCCGGCCCCGCGUAUGGUGGGUACGGCGCCGACAUUGGCGGCUACGGCCAGAGCUUCUUCAACAUCAGUUAUGCCCGCAGCCGGCCGCCGCCACCGUCCGUGUCAUACGAGCACCGGCCCCAGUCCACCGAUGCCACCGUCCAGUACUACCCCGGUUCAUACUACGGCGGCUAUCAGUACCCCCAGGGCAGCGGCUUGCAUCAGGUGGCAGCCUCCUCCUGCGAGGGGGCUGGGCCGCCGCCUUCGCCGCCACGUGUGUCCACCUGGGAAUUCCUCAACCCGUUUGAGUCAGUCGCGAGCUACUACGGGGAUGAGCCGACUGCUGCUGCCGCGACGUCUAGGCCUAGCUCCAAGGAUGCGCAAGAGGAGGUUGUCAUCCCGAAAUUGGAGGAUGAGAAAGUGCAAGAAAACGUCGUCAAUGGCAACACUGGUAAAGCUGGGUUGGCCAAGAAGGAAGAAAGGAGCAAUGCCAGUGAGGAGCAACGCAGCAAGGCCAUGUCGCCGGAGGCGAACAAUAACACUGCAAGUGGCAUGGUUCAUGAUGUCCAUGUAGUGGAGAGGAGUCUGGUGGAAGAACAUCUGCAGCAUUCCGAUGCUGAUGGGCUGCCUGAGAUUUCACGGAAGGCGUACAAUGACAAUGUCGAGGUGGCGCAGGAGAUCAGGCUACAGUUUGAUCUCGCCGCCAAGUCUGCGGCUGAGGUGUCCAAGAUGCUUGAGGUUGGGAAGAUGCCUUACUACCAGAAGAAAUCAGGACUGAAAGUAUCCUCCUCCAUGAUGAUCUGUGGGCUGCCUUCAAUCGGUGAGGAGUUCCUGCAGUUUCAGGAGGAGAAAGCUAUGGAAUGUGGCAACAUUUCUUCCACAUUGCAGAAGCUGUACAUGUGGGAGAAGAAGCUUCUUGAGGAACUCAAGACCGAGGAGAAGAUGAGAGGGCAAUAUGAUAAAAAACGGGAGGAGCUGAAAGUUCUGUAUGAGAGAGGUGCUGAAGCUCAGAAGCUUGAGGCAAUUGAAAUUUAUACCAGGAAGCUAUCAACAAAAAUUAGUGUUGCCCUUCAAGUUGUCAAUGUUGUCUCAAAGAAGAUUAAUAAGUUGAGAGAUGAAGAACUAUGGCCGCAAACGUUUGAGCUGAUUCAAGGGUAUGCAAUGUGUAUCUCUGUAGAUUAUGGUAGGUGGUUGAAGAAAAUGUGGCAUGCCAUGUCAGAGUGCCAUCAGAUCCAGUGGCAUGCCUUAUCCCAAGCUAAAAACAUUGAUUCCAACAUAGCAGCUGCAAGAUUCAGUGAAGCUCAUAUUGGUUUAAUGAAGCAGCUAGAGCUUCAGUUGCUAGAUUUGGUUGCCAGUUUUGCCGCAUGGGUUAAUGCUCAAAAGAGCUACAUUAAUACUAUCAAUGACUGGCUCAAGAAGGGAAUCGACUAUGUUCCUGAAGUAACUGAUGAUGGGACUCCACCCUUCUCUCCAGGUCGAUUAGGUGCACCCCCCAUUUUCAUCAUCUGCAAUAAUUGGGCAAUGGGCAUCACGAGGAUACCUGAGACAGAAGUAGUAGACGCGAUGCAGGAUUUUGCCUCUAAUGUUCUGCAUCUCUGGGAGAAGCACAGGUCAGAGUGGAGGCAGAGUAUGAUGGCUAACAGAGAUAUGGACAGGGAGCUUAGAGUGAUGGAGAGGGAUGAACUGUCGAUGCGCAAGGCUCUGAAAGCACAAAACAAGAAGUUUGUGCUUGUUUCCAAUCACAGCGGAGUGUCCUUAUCUGCACAAGCAUUACAAGACGGCAGUACACCUGCUGAAGUGGCUUUGCAAUCAUCUAUGAAGAAAUAUUUCGAAGCAAUGGAGUGCUUUGCUGCUUCCUGUGCAAACGCAUACAACGAUCUCCAUCGUCGUUCUGAAGAAGAGAGAACUCGACCUGCCCAAGAUAUUGGCAGAGCUUCCUAG